CCAAGUGGUUUAUAUAUGUAGACAACAUUUUGAUCUGAUACUCGAUAACUGAUAACAACUUAAUGCGCUACUUUGUUUGCACAAAUACAUCUGGCAAUGAUUCUUUAUAUAAGUCUAUGAAACAAUUCGAAUUGCUUGAAGACGUACUGCCCACGAUGAUGUUCAAGAUAUCUAUUUUAUGUUGCGCGUUGCCGGUGAUUUUAGGAGGGCCAUUUACAGGACAACAGCAUGAACCAAAUCACAUCGCUAAUACCGCAUCUGACUUUAAUGUUCUAACUCCUAAAGAACUUGCAGAAAAAGCGGGAUACAUAGCCGAAACUCAUCGAGUCGUCACAGAGGAUCGGUAUAUUUUGCAACUGGAUAGAAUCGUAGGAUCGGACAAAAUACUUCCAUCUGACGAUAAGAUAGCUGUAUUACUUGUCCAUGGUGUUUUUGAUUGCUCGGCUUCGUGGCUUUUGUCAGGUCCUGAAAAGAGUUUAGGUUUCAUAUUAGCAGAUUGGGGAUACGAUGUAUGGUUGGGUAAUGUGCGUGGCAACAGGUACUCACAAAACCACUUGGAUUGGACUGUUUCAGAGCCAGAUUUUUGGAUGUUCAGUUGGCAUGAAAUUGGAGUGUACGAUCUGCCAGCGAUGAUCGACCAUAUCCUCGCUCAAACAAAAAAAGAGAAAAUCUUCAUCAUAUCACAUAGCCAGGGUGGUACGUCGUUCUUUGUAAUGGCUAGCGAACGGCCAGAGUAUCAAGAGAAGAUUAUCGCUUCUUUUGCUUUGGGUCCAGCAGUCUUCAUGUCCAGGACAAAAAGUCCUCUAUUCCGUGCUUUGGCUCCUUAUUCCAACGAUAUCAAUUUCAUAACAGAUUUGAUAGGCAUGUAUGAAUUCAAACCAUCGGAUAAACUCAUACAGAUGCUUGGAACAAUGGUGUGUGAUAAAGAAGCACUUUUGCAACCAAUAUGUAAAAACAUCGUAUUCUUGUGUGCUGGCUUCAGUAAAGAACUUAAUACGACUCUAUUGCCUGUUAUUGUGCAAUAUGAUCCUGCUGGUUCAUCUGUUAGGCAAAUCGCACAUUAUGGACAAUUGAUUAGUUCAGGCAAGUUCCGGAAAUUUGACUACGGCCUUGUCGGCAACAUGAAAAGAUACGGUACGAUACAUCCUCCUGAUUAUAAUUUGGCCAACGUUAAGCUACCAGUGUAUUUGCAUUAUAGUGCCAGUGAUAUGUAUAUCGAUGUUCAGGACUUGCAUCAAUUGUACAGAGCACUACCCAAUGCUCAGAAAUUGUUAGUUCCAUCCGACAGCUUUGGGCAUAUUGAUUUCUUAUGGGGCAAGCAUGUAGAUGCUUGGGUAUACAAUGAAAUUUUAAGUCUCAUGGAAAAUCACAAAAAAUGAAUAUUAUUGGACUAUGAAGUGGAAAUUAUGUUAAUAAAAACAUGACUGGCCAUAAAUUUGUAUAUUGUACCAUAAAUAAAAUCAACUGCUUUGUCAAUAUUCAAAAAUCAGAUGAACAUUCUAAUCAGAAAAGUAUUGAAUGAAUCUAUUCAGUGUAUAAGAACCAUAUUAUGUGAUUAUAAGAAUGAUUAAGACAUCAAUUAUGAAUUUUAUCUUGUAAUUAUCUUAUAUUCUUUACAUGCGUAAUCCAUUAAACGAUCAGCAAGAAUAUACAUAUGUAUCAAUUAAUUAAAAUAUAUUAAUUCAUAAGCUUUU